ACGUGAGUGGUUGGUCACAAGUUGUAAAAGGACACAAAACAAUGGAUACAAUCCAGAAUUAAAAGUUGGAAAUCUUGCAAAUCAAAACCUACUUAAUAAUAAUAAUAAUAAUAAUAAUAGUUGUUGACAAAAAAAUGUGCAGGUGAAGAGAGUAAUGUUUAUAUUGGUGUAAUUGACAGAGAUCAGGUUGAGUAUGGAUUAUGAGCGGCAGGAGUUUUCUCAACGGUUUUUGGCUAAUUUGACCAACACUAGGGUGCUGUCAUUUACUGUAACCCGAGCGAACAUGGUAGCCUGUGCUCUAUAAUAACUCAUGUUUUCGUAAUUUAAAAAUGAACCACACUGCAUAUUUACCACCUCGGCAUAUUAACCUCUAUCCAUGUUUUUUUUUUUAGGGGGUUGCAAAGAACUAUUGCAAUCUAUACUAUCUGCUAGCCAUAACUGAGCCUCUGCGCUGCAGUUGUCAUUACAGUAUCAGCAAUAACUGAUGGGGGAGGGGAGGGAAAGGAAGGGAAGGGGCGUGUGCCAGUUUGUUGGAAAGGUCAGUGUGGUGUGCUGUUGUAGGCCUAAUGCAGUGAACGGCACGGUAUACUUUUGAAUCAGACUUUUAAUGUGCAUGAUGAAAAGUAACGAUCAUAAAAAGUUGAGUAAAGGCUGUUUUGUAUGUAAAAAGGCGCGUAAACGACGUCUACACCUCCGACUGUAAGGCCAUUUAGGGUGUUUUUGUUUUGUGGAAUGUUCUUAAAAUCACAAGUUCUCUUGCUGGACAUACUAGCUGGAGGGACUUUUGGAUCUCUGCAUUUGAGGGCUGCAGCCAUGCGAUGUCGUGGCACACCCCACAUGUUUCCACUUUAAAAAAUCUCUUUUUUUCCACUGGGGAGGAAACCAGAUGCCUGUUCCUGCCUCCUUUGAGUCAUAGCCCGCUCUCUCCCUCUCCCUCUCCCUGUCUGCCCCAAACAUGGGCACCAAGUUUUAGAGACAAAAAUACUAGCAGAUACAUCUAGUAUUCAUUCAGCUAAUAGUGCCUAUUAGCACUGUACCGAGGGAAGCUAGCGUCAAUUCCAUGGACAGCUGUUUGAGAAGAGCGGUGAACUCCUCAGGAUCAUGAUCAAGCGUAAGUUUGACUGGCUCUAUUCUUUUCCAGGGAGUAUGCUUGCUAAUUACAGUUCAUACAAAGCAAUGACUGUACUGUUCUUCCUAAGCAAGCUGCUUCUUCCUCUUACAGUGUAAGCAAAGCAAUUCAUCCUAGGCAAGCUUCUUCUUCUUCCAGGAACAAUAAGGCAAGAACCGCUUAACAUAAAAACUUACUUCAAAAGUUGUUGUGUUGGUCUUGUAAAUAAGACAAUGAUUUUUCAUUUUUCUACACUUUAUACUUUUUGAGAUAGUAAAGAAAAAAUAGUAAAAAUUGUCCCAUAGACAUCCUUACGGGGUAGUUAAAGAUACAGUGUGUAGUUUUAAGUGGCAUCUGUUUUUUUGUAGAAAAGGGAUAUAGUAUUCAUAAUCAUGUUUUCCAUUUGUGUAUAAUUGGCUGUAACUGAAUUGUUGUGUUUUCGUUAGCUUCGAAUUAGCCUGUUGAAUCUACAUAGGGAGCACUUCACUGAGUCUGCCAUGUUACACCGCCGUGUUUCUACAGUAACCCACACCAGACAAACCAAAACACCAGAUCGAGAUAGUGCUUUUCAAGUUGUUAUAGCAUAUGACGACCACCGUAGGUAUUUGCACAUGCUUGUAAAGGGAAGAGUAUUCAGCUGGUUGCAAUUCAGCAACCUCACCAACAGAUGUUUUGAAAAACUACUCACUGGACCUUUAAUGUGCCUUGCACCUGCACUUAACUGUGGACUGUCAAUAUAAAGGCUCCCUUUCUCUCUGUCCCUUUCUCUCUGUCCCUCUCAAUAUAGCCUAACUGUAGAACUAGGAGUACUGAUAAGAGGCACCCUCCAUACUCUAUUUGCUUUUCUUUCCAUCUCUCUUCUCUCUCUCACUCUAUUUUCUCUCUUUUCCAUCUUCAGUGUCUUAUCUCAUUCUCUUCAUAUGUAUCCACUCUUUUUCACGUUUCUUGCCAAAACACCUUAGCAUCUACUCUCUCUUUAUCUAUGUAUCUUUCCAUCCAUCUGUCUUUCUUUAACUCUGUCUGUCUUUAUGUCCUUAUCACAUUCCCAAUCGCACACUCCAUACUGUCUCUCUUUCUCUCUCUCUCUCUUUCAAUCCAACAGUCUUUACACAGCUCUUACUCCUCUAUCUUCUUGCCUUCCUUCUCUUUUGUCUGUCCCUCUCUUCAUGUAUUGAAUUGUGUUCAAUCUUUUACUUUAUAUUUAUAUAAAACAUUUUGCUUUGCAUGCACUGGUAUUUCCUGCAGGAAAUGCAAAUCUAGUUAUAUCUCAAAUCUGCAUGCUGUCUUGAAGAAAUUGUACAUGUGCAGCCUAAAGUGUAUUGUGAAUAUAAGGAAUAUGGUAAAGGUUAAAUGUGUCUGCCUGUCUGUGUGUGAGUGAGUGUGUCUGUCUGUCUGUCUGUGUGUUUGUGUGUGUGUGUGGGCACUGAGGGAAACAGGCUGUUGAAUGGUCGUUGAAUUAUCCUGUCUAAAAGAAAGCUAGUGCACAGCAUCCAGCUGUCCAUCUCACCAUGUGUUCCACUGCAACCUGAGACCUGAGUCAAGUCACAUCGAAUAAACACUCUGCAUGUUAGUCAUAGCUUGUAUGCAUACUGAAAACUGAUCCAUCCGUGCUCUCUCUCUCUGUCCGAACUCUGUUUACCUUACACUGUCUCUCUUAUUGGUUAAAGGUUGAUGUGUGAACCACAAUAGAGGAAGGAACAAGAAUCAUCUGCCUCUCUGCUUUUUCUGCUUUACAAACCCCCCUACACAACCUGGCACCAUGGCUGCCCUCGUUGCCGAGAACUUCAAAUUCGUCUCCCUCUUCUUCAAGAGCAAGGAUGUGAUGAUGUUCAACGGGCUCAUCGCCCUGGGAACGGUUGCCGGGCAGACUGCCUACAACGUCUUCGCCUUUCACUGCCCAUGUUCCCCGGCUCGGAACUACCUGUACGGCCUGGCGGCCAUGGGUGUGCCUGCCCUGGUCCUCUUCCUUGUGGGGGUGAUGCUCAACCACAACACGUGGGACAUUCUGUCCGAGUGUCGGCUGAAAAGGUGCUGGAAGCUCUCAGGGGUGGCCCUGUUUGCACUGCUGGCCUCCAUUGUGGGACGGGCGGCCGUGGCCCCCAUCACCUGGUCAGUGCUGUCGCUGCUCAGGGGUGAGGCCUACGUCUGCGCCUUGAGUGAGUUUGUGGACCCAGCGUCCAUUACGGACUUCCCCAGCAACAUUUCGGAUGUGCCGGGAGUCAUGGCUGGCUUUCCGUGCAAAGAUGUUCCUGAAGAGCUGUUGCAGUUCUGGAGCGUGAUUGAGAGGAGACUGAAGUACGAGUCCCAGCUGCUGGGUUGGAUCCUUGUGGGGUCUGUGGCCCUCUCCGUGUUCCUGAUGCUGUGCCUCAGGCACUGCUGCUCUCCCCUGGGCUACCAGCAGGAGGAGUACUGGUCCCACUUCCGCUCCCAGGAAAACAGAGUCUUCAGUCGCACUAUGGACGCCCACGCGCACAUCCAGGCCAUUCGCAACGUGCGUAGUUUCUUUGGGUUUGCAGCUCUGGACAAGGACGAGCAGGAGCUCCUGGAGAACACGGCCGACGCCAAGACCCAGAUUCCCAGCCUGGAGUGGAACCGGAUCACUGGGGUGUACCUGUACCGGGAGAACCAGGGGAUGCCCCUCUACAGCCGCCUCCACAAGUGGUCCACCUAUAAACUGCAGAACAACGUAGAGGCCAUGGAGAAAGACAUGAACUGCUAAGAGAGACCAGUCCCUUAUUUUAACUGGAAACAUACGCACAUCUUGGGAUCUAGUUAUUUUACUUUUGCUUAUUUUUGUGGUUCCUGUACUUGACUCACUCAGUGAAUAGAGAGAAAGACUCAUCCUUAUUGCGAGUAACUGCACUUAGAGAAGGAGCCUUGUGGGAUGUUACUGCAGUAUGAAAGAUGUGGAAGAUGAAUGCAUGUUUUGUGGUGAAUUUUAGCACCGAAUGAAAUCUUUUAGACUUAAGAUAGAAGCACAAACAACCUCUCUUGUAGUUUACCAUGUGGCUCUAUUAGUACAUUGAAAAUCUCCUCCAUUUUUGAAUGUAAUGGCUAGUCAAUCUAUGCACCAAAACAAAAAGACUAAGGUUAUGCCUUCAUCAGGAGAUGCAUUAUACACGUUUUUUAAUGAAAAAUAUAUAAAUGUUCUUGUUUUUGUUAAUAUUUGCUGCCUCCUAAAAGAAACCAUUUAGUCUCAAUAAAAUGAUAUUGUUUGCAAAUGAGACACAACCAUGUAACUGCUUUGGUAGGCCUCACUUUAAUAGCUCACAUCACAAACAAAUUGAGAAUAUCCA